GCAUCUAAAUAUCUCCCGAUGACUAGUGGCUAGCUACAUCCCCAAGCUCAAUCAUCCCUACCAUCCUUCCCUUUCCAAAAUCCAUCACGGUGAACAUGGCUUCUGCCUCUGCGAUCGCUUUGCCGUAUUUGUUCUUUAAUGGCAACAGAACUUAUCUCAGGAAAAAUCCAUAUGUUCCUAUUUCCACAAUCACUAGAGGUAGAAAGCGAUGCUUCACAGUUGUUGCAAAGGCUGUGGGAGAUGAUUCUGAUUCCUCCUCUGGGAGCUUUGUGAAAUAUGUCCGAAAUGCUUGGAACAACUCUGAAGACCGACUUGCUCUUGUUGGGUUGGGAUUUGCAGCGAUUGCGGCAUUUUGGGCAUCUAGUAGUCUUAUAGCAGCUAUCGACAAGCUUCCUUUUAUCCCUAGUGCUCUAGAAUUCAUUGGGAUAUGGUUCUCGUGGUGGUUUAUAUACCGGUACAUCCUAUUCAAACCAGACAGGGAAGAGCUGGUGAGAAAUGUUAAGAAUUCGAUAUCUGAUAUCCUUGGCCAAUAACAAGAUUCUGCAAACACUCGAAGAACAAUGUUUAGAUUUUGCUAGUUGUCAUCUUUUUCGAUUGGCUUCCUUGAAUUUCUGAAUGCUUGAAUGAAUAAGUUCAUUGUAUCAUAACCAGAACUAAAUAUUGUGAUAUGUGUGCCACACUGCCACGUAAUAUGUAUCCUGUGUAAAUAUCUUUGUUGCAUUGUAUCUUUGAAAGGGUAUUGUAAACUAUCAGAUUGCAUGUAAAAUUUGAUUGGUCCUGCUUA